GAGUUUCCUGUUCCUUUUUCCUCUCAGGAGCUUCACCAAAUGAAUGUCUGUGUAACAGACUUCAGGUGAGGGAGCCUAUCAGCUUGCACGUUUUAUUUUGCUGCGUCAGCAGCGUCAGCAGCGUCAGCAGCGCUGGUAUAUAACGGCGCGUCACGUCACUGACCGGUACUCCUUUACAGGACCUACAGCUGCGUGUAUCAGAGCGAGCCUGAGAGCGAGCAUUUUUUGCUAGCUACCGAGCGACCCCAUCUGAUAUACACGGAUAUUUUCACUCGAUUUUCUAAAGCCUUUCCACCUUCCAACGACUUGUGCACCUUUAUCCCUUCACCUGGACCUUUGGGACACACAUCUGACAGGAGACCGUCCCAUCUUUCUUCCACAGAGCAGCAGGACUUGGUGCGAAGCACGAUGCCUCGUGGUAAGUCCUAUCGCCGCUCUCUGGCAGCCAAGAAGCGAAUGGCAGAGCAGCGAAGCGCUGGCGUUGAACGCUUCAACGCCAGUCCCUAUGGCUCCAGCAAUGCCAGUGCACGGCAUGGUACUGGGUACCGCCAUCCCGUGCAGAAAUGGCCAGUUUCGUCGCUGUCUGGGAAGCAGCACAAACUGGUGUUUAUGCCCGAGUCUCCUGACAAGAAGUUUGUUCUUCUUGUGGGUGAUUCCCACCUUCGUGCCAUCGCCGACCGGCACGUGUCCAUGCCAGAGGGAAGGUUUUCCUUUGGCAUCAUGUCUACACCCGGGGGCGCUGCUCAUGAUUUGAGGGCUGAGCUUGUGCACGCUCACGUCCCUCGAACUCCUGAUGCAGUUUGUCUUCUGGCCCCAUCCAACAACCUCACACAUUCCAGGACCAUCUCAGAUGCUGGUGCCGACUUCACCGAGCUUCUGAAUGCUGCCUGCAAUCGGUGGUCCAACGUUGUAGUGGUGGAUUUCCCCCCCCGCUUCAACUGCGACCAGCAGUACCAAGAACUGCUGCGCCAGGAAUUCCAUAGGGUUUGUGUCCGCUUGGGUGUGCGGUAUUUUCCAACGGCAUGUCACUUUCCGUUGGAGAACACAGACCUGUGGGCUAGAGAUGGCAUUCACCUGUCAGAACCUGAGGGCAUGAGCGUGCUAUCACAGCUGAUGUGGCAGGCUGUUUACGUUACACUUGACACAGUGCCACAACCCCCCGCUGUGAAAGCACCCCUCAGACCACUAGCACCAUGCAUCAAGCCAAAACUUGUUGUGAAGGGUGAGGACACUCCACCACGUCCUCCGGUGAACCCCUUCGUGUGGCGCACUGUUCAAAGGGGCAAAGAGGGGAACUCAUCAGGGGAGCCUGGCCGGUCCUCUGGUGUGCUUCCUCAGAGAAGGAAGGUACAGAAGCAGGUGGUGAAGGAGUGUACCAUCCCGCUAAACCCAGUCUGGUUUAGCUUUGCCCUGUUGGAUGAGAUGGACAAGCUUGUGCCAUCUCAUCUCCCUGGUACCGCGGUUCCAGAGGGCAAGCAGAAGGCCUUUGUGGAGCGCAGGAGGAGUGCUGCCUCCAAGAGGAGUCGGUCCGACCGGCAGGCGGAGGCAGUACCUAGCGUGGUGGUUGUGAAGGCGAGGGUCACUUCUUCCACGUUCAUGCGGGAGACGGCGGAGGCGGAGGAGGCGGUUCCGAGUGUUGUGGGAGCGUCCCCCGAGUCCCCUGUCCAGUCCCCCGACCAGGCUGCGCCGGUGGAGGGUCCUGCCCGCCCCCAUCGCACUCAAAGGCCCGUCAAAGGUCAGAGUGUUGCAGCUCCAGUUUGCAUGUGUUCUGAGCAGUUGCCCCCACCUUUAGUUUCAGGCAGUAGUUUUGUAGGUCAGUACUCUGACGUGAAUACUUUGCUCACUUGUAGUGCUGUGGCUGCAAUCAAACACACGAUUGCACCUGUGUGUACAUGGCGUGGCAGGGACAUAGACGAGGUCAGGUCAGAAGGGACUAAGUUGGUGGAGUUUCUGGUUGAGGAGAGUAAGAAGGUUCCAGCAGGAGAAAGGGAGUUGUGUACGCUUAUUGAGAAGCACACAGUCUUUGGAGGGAAGUGGAGCGUUGACAUUGGUAGGCCAGAGUACUUUGUAGUGAAGCCACCAGGGGAGGACACACUUGUGUCUGAGAAGCUGCAGGAUCUGUUGUUGAGGGAUGGCAUGUGUCUCUUUGGUGUUGAUGGUCUUGCUACUGCAGUGAUACAACACAAAGAUUACAUUGUUGUUGUUGACUGCAGCACACGUGAUGCCAGUGGUUCUGAUCCUAGCUGCAGCAGAUCUGUGGCUGUGUUUAACACAUGCCUGAACGACCUGAUGUUUCACAUCAGGGGUCUGCAGAAGUCUUUCAACGCACAGACGUAUGUUGUUGCCAGCAUGUCUGUGAAGCCGCUUGAUGUUGGACUCGGUGUUGAGACUGUUUCAGAGGUUGCAGACAGUGAUGGUGACAUGCAAGUUGCAGGUGAGGUUCAGGAGAGCAGCUCAGUCAGGUCUGCAUGUCAUGUGAGAUCAGUGCAGGGAACGUUUCAUCAGGGAGAUGAUCAGUUUGAGUUUGGAGGAUUUCAGUGUAUGGCCAUAAGCCUCGUUGGAAUGGCGAAACACACAACUGACAGUGUGUUUUCAUGGCAGUCCAAGACCUUGGAUGAUGUUGUCGUGUCAGGGGACAAGUUGUAUGCCUCUUUAAGGAAGAACAACUUGAUCAGUGAUAAAGUAUCACUCUUUCUUUGUGUUCCUGAUUUGCCCAAACAGCAUGUGGUUGAUGGGCAGAGCUUUGACUUUGAGUACGGUGACUUUGUGAGUGGACUGGUAGGUGUGGAUGAUGGUCCCACUAUUGAGCUAGGUGUACAUGUGAGCUUGAAAAUGGGAUUGACGGACAUGUUGACACAGUACGACACAUGUCUGUUGACAGUGCAGGGUAGCACUUGUGCUAUCGUUCAUCAGGGUGGACGGUAUGCAGUGGUUGAUUCCCAUGCUCGUAGUGCUGAGGGAAUGUUGCAUGGUAACGGAAAGAGUGUUGUUGUGUAUUUUAGUUGCAUUGAUCAUGUCUAUGAUCACAUAUGCAAGUUGUCACGCAUGUUGCCAGUAGGUCACAAGCAGUUUGAGAUAGCUGGUGUUCGUGUGUCUCUCCCAGGGUUAGUUGUUGACCGUGAAAUGUCAUUAGGACAGUCACUAACUGUAGAAACCGGAAAGAGCGUGUUUAGAAGCAGUGUCUCUGAGGAGUCCAGUGCUCAGCCAGCGGUCAGCUGUAGCAGCAGUGUGAGGGCAGAGAAGCGUAAGAGGUCAGCAGGAAGUUUUCUGUCAAAGAAGUUGAAAAGGAGUGAUGUCAUUGAAGUUGAUUCGGAUGUUGUGUUUGUUAGUGAUGUGGCUAGUAAAGGACUGCAGUUUAAUCCUCUUCGUAGGGAAGUUGCAGAAGCAUUGUGCAAACAGUUGAACUUAGAGUCAGAGAUAGUUGAUGCAGUAUCUUCAGAGGUUGGUCAGUUAGGAGCUCCGUGUAAGAAUGACAGUAUACAGGGUGAUGGAAAUUGUUUCUUUCGAGCAGUCAGUCAAGCUGUGAGUGGUACUCAGAAGAAUCAUAGGAAAGUUAGACUUGCAGUUGUGAAGCAGAUAGAAAGUAAUGUAGCAAAGUACAAGAGUCUUUUGAGGAAUGAGUUUUCUUCUGUGGCAGAAUACCUUAGGGAGUCAAAAAUGCAGUGUGUUGGCAGAUGGGCUACAGAGGUAGAGAUUCAAGCAGCAGCAGAUUGUUUAGGUGUGAGUAUAUUUACUUAUCAUCAGGGUCGCUGGCUUGAAUAUAGUUGUAGGAAGAGGCCGUUUUCAAAUCAGGGAAUUUAUUUAGAACAUUGUAAUGAUAAUCAUUAUGAGACUGUUGUUUGUGUUCAACAGCCUCAAAUUCAGGGUUGCUCUGGCUACUGCAGAGUGGACCAGUCUUGUAAGACAGGUUACAAUAUUAGACAGCGUAAAGGAAAAGAGAGUGCUUGUUUGGGAGCUUCGAUUUCAGCUGCAAGUUUAGAAGUAGAGCAUGUAGAAGGCAAUGUUACAAAACAGCCCCAACAUAGUAAAUUAUCAAAGUUUUUGAAAAGGAAGAGGAAAUUAGAUGAGAAAAUGAAAUGCCAGGAAUUGAUGUAUAGCCAGAAAAGAAAAGACAGUAAAAAAAUUAGCUACCAGGUAAAUGUGUUGCAUAGAGAGAAAGUAAAAAGAAGUAGUGUAGAAAGAAGUAAAAUUAAAUACCAGGAAAAUGUGUUACAUAGGGAGAAAGUAAAAAGAAUUAGUGUAGAAAGAAGUAAAAUUAAAUACCAGGAAAAUGUGUUACAUAGAGAGAAAGUAAAAAGAAGUAGUGUAGAAAGAAGUAAAAUUAAAUACCAGGAAAAUGUGUUGCAUAGGGAGACCGUAAAAAAAGCAAGUAAAAUUAAAUACCAGGAAAAUGUGUUGCAUAGGGAGAAAGUAAAAAGAAGUAGUGUAGAAAGAAGUAAACUUAAAUAUCAGGAAGAUGUGUUGCAUAGGGAGAAAGUGAAAAGAAGUAGUGUAGAAAGAAUUAAAUUAAAAUACCAGACUGAUGUGACACACAAAGAGAAAGUUAAGAAAAGCAGUAAAUUAAAAUAUCGUGAGAAUGUUUUGCAUAGAGAGAGAGUUAGGAAAAGCAGUAAAUUAAAAUAUCGAGAGAAUGAUUUGCACAGACAGACAGUCAAAGGAAUAAGUAACCGGAAGUAUCAGUUAAAUAAGUUGCAUAGACAGCGUGUAAAAGCCAUGAGUAUAAGGAAGUACCAUGGUAAUGCAGAGCAUAGGGACAGUGUUGCAGCAGGUAACAGAGUGAGGAGGCAGAAACAGAAAGAAAAGGCAGAACAGUUUGAUUUUGUGAUGGGACAGUUUCUAAAGAAAGUAGAGGAUGGUCCAGAUUUUGUUUGUUGUGUCUGCCAUAGAUUGUUGUUUAAACAUCAGGUUUUAAGUUGUAGAAAAGAAGAUUACAACAAAAGUAGAGGAGUAGCUCUGAUCGCAGAUAAAUGUGUGACAGAAGGUUAUUUGCAUAAAUGUAGUCAGGACUGUGAGGUGGCUUGUAAGUUGUUGGAUACACCGAGAGGUCAGAUGUGGAUUUGCUACACCUGUCAUCUAAAGAUUAGUAAAGGGGAAGUCCCACCUGAAAGUGCGGUUAAUAAUUUGGGACUUAAUCCCAUUCCUCCAGAGUUGGCGUGUUUGAAUAGUUUGGAGCAACAUUUGAUAGCUUUGCACAUUCCAUUUAUGAAGAUGUUAGCAUUGCCUAAAGGUGGGCAAAAUGGAGUUCAUGGACCGGUGACGUGUGUUCCUGCCAAUAUCGUGCAGACAGACAAUUUGUUGCCCCGUUCCAAUAUGGAAGGGUCGUUGUUGAGGGUGAAGUUAAAGCGUAAGUUGACUUACAAAGGCCACUAUGAGUAUCAGUUUGUUGAUACAAUGAAGGUUAGGAAAGCUUUGGUUUACUUGAAGAGGACUAAUGGGCUGUAUCAAGAUGUGGAAUUUAAUGAACAGUGGCUUAAUGAGUUUUGUAAGGAAGAAGAGGAAGAUUUGGAAGAGGUUAGUGUUCCUACUGUAGAGAGUUCAGAACCAUCCAUAGAUGAAGCUGAGGAUGAGCAGCUACAUGACAGACAGCAGCACUGUAUGUUUCAGGACACGUGUCUCAUGCCUGUUGAUUUAGGUCAGGAAGCACUGGAUCAGUAUUUUGAUGAUACAUUGAAUUUGGCUCCGGCAGAAGGAAAUAGUCCUGUUAGGUUGUUGUGCGAUGAGGCAAAUGAAGCAAAAUCUUUUCCAGUAUUGUUUCCAGAUGGUUGCAAUACAUUUCACGAGAGUAGACAGCAUAGGCUAACUUUGUCACGUUAUUUAAACAACCGUAUUUUACACGCAGAUGGUCGGUUUGCACGCAAUGUGGAGUAUAUCUUUUUUGCUCAAUACAUGUCAGAGUUAGAGCAGGUAGUGUCCAAAGUGUCUAUAGCCCUACGGAAAGGAAAAGGAGGCCAUACGUCUCAAAGAGUAGGGGAGGAUUUGUUGAGAGAUGAAGAGUCUUUGAAGCAGUUGUUGGAGUUUGAUGAUGGCUUUCGGUUCUUAAAACCUAUUAGAGGUACUCCAGCAUUCUGGCAGGGAGCUCAGAAAGAUUUAUUGGCUUGUGUUAGGCAGCUAGGUGUUCCUACGUGGUUUUGUUCUUUUUCAUCUGCUGAUAUGCGAUGGAAAAAUCUUUUGAAUAGUAUUUUGAAACAGGAAGGUAGGACACAGACUUUUGAAGAGUUAGAGUGGGCAGAUAGGUGUGAGUUGUUGCGCAGAAAUCCUGUCACUGCAGCCAGAUCUUUUGAUUUCCGUUGGCAUUGUUUUCUCAGGGAGGUUCUGAUGUCUCCAGCUGAGCCGAUAGGUAAAAUCAAGGACUACUUUCAUAGGGUAGAGUUUCAGCAGCGUGGCUCACCGCACAUUCAUAGUUUGUUUUGGAUUGAGAAUGCCCCAAAGAUUGAUAAAGAUUCGGAUGAGGAAGUUGUUGCAUUCAUCGAUAAAUAUGUAACAUGUGAGCUACCAUCAGAGGAUGAGGAGUUGUUAGAUAUUGUGAAGUCAGUGCAGCAACAUUCAAAACGACAUUCCAAAACUUGUAAGAAGAAUAAAACGGUUUGUCGUUUUAACUUUCCCAGGCCAGCUUCAGGCAGAACUUUUAUAGCUCGUGGUAAAAGUUUAGAAGAUUUAAAGAAGACCUGCAAGUGUCAGGUAGAGAAGACUGGUAGGUCACUUGCAUGUACAUGCAAAAGUCAGAUUGAUAAAGACAGUGAGAAAAGGAUGAGGGACCACGCAGCAGACAUUUUGGCAGCAGUGAAGAAGGCUCUUUCUGAUGAGAAUAGAAGCUUUGCUAGUUUGGACGAGUUGUUUGAGAGUUUAGGGAUCACUCAGAGAGCUUUUGAGAGAGCUUAUAAACUCUUUAGUCGGAAUACACAUGUGGUGUUAAAAAGAGAGGUCAAUGAGGUUUGGGUUAAUCAGUAUAGUAAGCCACUUUUGAAAUGCUGGAAUGCCAAUAUGGACAUCCAGUAUGUUGUUGAUGCGUAUGCAUGUGUGGUUUACAUAGUCUCCUAUAUUUCAAAGGCAGAGAGAGAGAUUGGACUGUUGUUAGGGAACGCUCAGAGAGAAGCAGCUAAGGACAAAAAUCUUAGUGCAAAGGAUGCUUUGAAGAAUCUAGGCAGUGUUUAUCUUCACAACAGAGAUGUGUCGAGUCAGGAAGCGGUGUACAGGUUGGUACCCAGCAUGCACCUGAAAGAGUGUUCCAGGAAGGUUGUGUUUGUCCCAACAGGGGAAAAUGUUGUGAAGAUGAGUCUGCCUUUAAAUGUGUUAAAACAAAAGGCAGCGUCAUCACAGGGUCUUACUUCAGAAGACAUGUGGAUGACUAGUUUAGUUGAUCGCUAUAGGAACAGGCCAGAUGAUGGCGAGUUUGACGACAUGUGUUUGGCAACUUUUGUGUCAGAAUAUCGUGUUCUGAGCAAAAAUGAGAAGAGUCAGAAUAGGGUGAAACUGAAGAAAGAUUUUGGUUUUGUCUCAAAAAGAACGCGUUCACAACCUGCUGUUGUACGUUACGCGCGCUUUUCUGAGACAAAAAAUCCAGAAUCUUUCUUUCAGAGCAUUUUGCAGUUGUUUCUUCCCCACCGUGUUGACGUGCAGCUUAAACCUCCAAACUGUGAGACGUUUGAGGAUUUUUACAUGAACGGUCAUAUGAGGUUUAGUGAUGGUUCCAGGCAUUCGGUCAAGUCAGUUGUGGAUUUGAACAGGAGCAGAUUUGAAAUGGAAGCAGAUAAAUUGGAUGAAAUCCAACAUGAGGUUGAUGGUAACGUUGUGUUAGAGGAUGCCUGGUGUGAGCUGUGUCCAGAGCAGGAACUUGAGCGUUUACAGUGUCUGCAGGAGCAGAGUGAGACAGAGCAGGUAGUUGAAGAGCAUGUUGAAAACAUUCCAGAUUUGGCUGUUAGUAGCAAAGAGGUUUGUCAUUUAGAGAAAAGAAAUAAUGUUUUGAGCAGAAGUGACGGUUUGGCAUUGGUUAGGUCUCUGAAUGAGACACAGUUGUCUGUGUUUUAUCAGAUUCGUCAGUGGUGUUUAGAGAAGGUCAAUGGGAAAAAGCCAGAUCCUCUGCACGUGUUUGUAACCGGCGGGGCUGGUACCGGUAAGAGUCAUCUGAUUAGGGCUAUUCAGUAUGAGGCUAUGCGGCUGUUGGCACCGGCAUGUCGUCAUCCUGACAACACCUGUGUUUUGUUGACUGCUCCUACAGGGAUUGCUGCAUACAAUCUGCAUGCAGCAACUAUUCACAGCACGUUUAGCAUUGGAGUGGAUGUACGCUUACCGUACACUCCUCUGGGUGAAGAGAAGAUCAAUUCUCUGCGUGCUAAGUUGUGUGAUCUGCAGAUUUUGAUCAUUGAUGAAAUCUCCAUGGUAGAUCACAGAUUGUUGGCUUAUAUUCAUGGUAGAUUGAGGCAGAUCAAACAGACUGGUGACUUUGCUCCGUUUGGUAACGUGAGUGUGAUUGCAGUGGGGGAUUUUUUCCAGUUGCCUCCCGUUAAAGGGAAACCACUGUAUGUUGAUGAUCAGGGUGUGAACUUGUGGUCCAGUCUGUUUAAGGUUGUUGAACUAACAACAGUUGUUAGGCAACAGGAUUCAGUCUUUGCAGAGCUGUUGAACAGGGUCAGAACUCGGUCUAAAGAGACUCCAAUGCUGCUCAGUGACAUUAGGACACUGCAGCGUUGUGAAACCGGUGAAGUCAGCUCAGCUUUACACAUUUUUCCGACAAACAAACAAGUAAAUGAGCAUAACAUUCAGGAGCUAUUCAGGACUUGUCCUGAAUAUGUUGAGAUUGAAGCCCAGGAUUAUGUGAACAGUAAAAAAACAGGGAAGUUAGAGUUGAUUAGUGGACAUCACAGCAGAACAUAUAACACAUCUUUAGAGGAAACACUUCCCUUGGGGAUAGAUGCCCGUGUUAUGCUCUGUAAGAAUGUAGAUGUUUUGGACGGUCUGGUUAACGGUGUGUGCGGUAUUGUUACCCACAUAGUGUCAGCUAGUGAAGGUAGAUUUCCUAAAAAGGUGUUUGUUAAGUUUGAUGACGAUCAGGUUGGUUCUCAGAGGAGGAAACGGUUUGUUGGGGUUUCCAGUGAUUUGGUUGGUUCUACGGGUAUUGACCCAGAGGAAGAGAGGGUGACAAACAAAGGUGGAUUGCGAAGGCAAUUUCCACUUAAACUUGCUUGGGCUUGUACGGUGCAUAAAGUGCAGGGGUUGACUGUAGACAGUGCUGUAGUGUGUCUUAAGAGAGUUUUCACAGCAGGACAGGCAUAUGUGGCCUUAAGCCGUGUUAGGAGUCUGUCUGGUUUGAUCAUUCAAGACUUUAGAGAGAAGGUCAUUUAUUGUAAGGAUGACAUCAAGGAUGCAGUUAAGAGUAUGCCUCCAUUCUUGGUUGAUGUCAUACCCCGGCACACAUCAAUUACACCUACAUUUUCUGUGUUUUUGAUGAACGUGCAAAGUUUGAGUCUACAUGUGUCAGAUUUAGCUUUGUGCACGCAGCAUUUGCAGCCUAACUGCAUUGCUGUUACAGAAACAUGGUUAUCCACUGAUUCUGUAUUAGAAAAUGUAAAGAUCAAUCGUUACAGUUUCCUGAACUGCUCGCGAAGUGAAUCUUACACAAGUAAUCACCCAGCUUUGAUAGCAUUGCAAGCCCAACAACAUGGUGGUGUUGGCAUGUUUAGUGCAGACAAUGUGGCAUUUGACUUAAUCAAAGUGCCACAUGUGAAUUUGGAGUGUUUGGUUUUCAAGUAUGUUGACAUACUAGUCGUGGUCAUUUAUCGACCGCCCUCCUAUCCCAUGUGUUUGUUUAAGGAGAAUCUGAGCAAGUUGCUUGAUUGGCUUAACCCACUAAGUAACACUAUUGCUGUCAUGGGAGAUUUCAAUGAUGACAUUUUGAAGUCGUCAUCAAUCUGCAAUUUUGUCGCAGAGAGGGGGUUUGUUCAGCUAGUGACACAACCCACCACAGAGAGAGGCACACUUAUUGACCAUGUGUAUGUGAAAACAACACAGUACGAGGUACAGUCAGUAGUGUGGCCUACUUAUUUUAGUGAUCAUGAGGGGAUUCUUUGUUGUUUUAGAAGUACAUCUGAUCAAAGUGAUGAGGCAGAGUAGUUUAGACUUGAUGACUGCAGGUUUGUAUUGAAAUUGUGAGCUUUUUGGUAGGUUUAACUUUUGUGGUUGGCUCAUUUGUGAGUUUGCAUGGAAUAGUCUGCAUGUUUAGGGGCAAAAAAAACAUUUGCAUGCCUUUUCUCUUUUUGUCUGUUAUACGGUGAUAAUGUUCUUCGUUUAGUGAUAAGGAGAAAAAAAACAAAAAAAAAAAACAUUUGCAUGCCUUUUCUCUUUUUGUCUGUUAUACUGUGAUAAUGUUCUUCGUUUAGUGAUAAGGAGAAAAAAAAAAGAAAACCCCCAAAAACAUUUGCAUGCCUUUUCUCUUUGUCUGUUGUACUGUGAUAAUGUUAUUUGUUUAGUGAUAAGGAAAAAAAAAACAAAAAAAACAAAAAACAUUUGCAUGCCUUUUGUCUUUUGUCUGUUAUACUGUGAUAAUGUUAUUUGUUUAGUGAUAAGGAAAAAAAUAACAAAAAAAAAUUGCAUGCCUUUCUCUUUUUGUCUGUUUAUAGUGUGAUAAUGUUUUAUGAUAGCAUAGUAUAAAAAGGUUUCGUUUCCUGCAUUACAACAGCUUUGUAGGUAUAACAUUUAUGAAUAAACAUGUACGUUAUGGAUGUUAUUAAUAACAUUUAAAUUAAUAUACAGAUACAAAUUGUUUCACAUAAAUAACCAGAUAAUAUUAGGCCCUAAAAUUAAAUGAUAACACUUGUAUGCUGUUUGUAAUGCGGGUUUUGCUUUACCUUUCAUGUUAGCCACAAAAAAAGCAAAA